ACCUUAUCCUUUCUCCACGGUUGAAUGAAAGACAAGCUCAGCACCUACAUGUACAUACUAUUCUCGUAAAGAACCCGGUAUUCGUACAUACAGGGGAUUGUCUCCAUGUAAACCUUGUGUGUGGUGUUGUCACACUGAAUGGGUUUCAAAAUGACCGUUUCGAGAUAUUUUGUAGCUGUUUUGGUGGUUGUGUUCCUCGGCUUGACGUAUGCUAAUCCCAUUGAUGGAAAUCGCGUCCUCAAACAGUUAGAAUCUUUUAGGAAGGCUCAACAGGGACAUUUCAUCAAAGUUCCUUCAUCUCAACAGAAUGGUGUGUUUUCUAUGGUCCAAAGGAAGUCAGAUGGUCUAUUAUCUGGGAAUGAAAUCACUGCCGAGACAAAGAAUACUAUGACAAAGGUCUUGCACGGCUCCCUUGUGAACAAUAUUAUAAAUAAGCUUCCCAGCGAUGGGUCGUCGAAUGUUCUUCACAUGGGAGGCAUCCCUGAAAGUAACGAUGUGGAGCAUCACUUUGGAAUUGAAAAAGAUCAGAAUGAAAAGGAUGAUCUUGAUGAAUCAGGCCAAGUGAUUGGAUCUAAAUCAGAGUCUGGUUCAGGAUCUGGUUCCGGUUCUGGAAGUGGAGCCAGCAUGGGAUUGGACACCGACCUGGAGAGUGGAUCUGGUUCCGGUACUGGAAGUGGAGACAAAAUGGGAUUGGACCUCGACCUGGAGAGUGGAUCUGGUUCCGGUUCUGGAAGUGGUGACAGAAUGGGAUUGGACAUUGACAUGGAGAAGGGAUCUGGUUCCAGUUCUGGAAGUGGAGACAGAAUGGGAUUGGACCUCGACCUUGAGAGUGGAUCUGGUUCCAGUUCUGGAAGUGGAGACAAAAUGGGAUUGGACCUCGACCUUGAGAGUGGAUCUGGUUCCAGUUCUGGAAGUGGAGACAGAAUGGGAUUAGACAUUGACAUGGAAAGUGGAUCUGGUUCCAGUUCCGGAAGUGGAGACAGAAUGGGAUUAGACAUUGACAUGGAGAAGGGAUCUGGAAGUGGCGACAGAAUGGGAUUGGACCUCGACCUGGAGAGUGGAUCUGGUUCUGGCGUUGGAAGUGGCGACAGAAUGGGAUUGGACAUUGACAUGGAGAAGGGAUCUGGUUCCAGUUCGCGAAGUGGUGACAGAAUGGGAUUGGACCUCGACCUUGAGAGUGGAUCUGGUUCCAGUUCUGGAAGUGGAGACAGAAUGGGAUUGGACAUCGACCUGGAGAAGGGAUCUGGUUCCGGUUCUGGAAGUGGAGACAGAAUGGGAUUGGACCUCGACCUUGACAGUGGAUCUGGUUCCAGUUCUGGAAGUGGAAACAGAAUGGGAUUGGACCUCGACCUUGAGAGUGGAUCUGGUUCCAUUUCUGGAAGUGGAGACAGAAUGGGAUUAGACAUUGACAUGGAGAAGGGAUCUGGAAGUGGCGACAGAAUGGGAUUGGACCUCGACCUUGAGAGUGGAUCUGGUUCCAGUUCUGGAAGUGGAGACAGAAUGGGAUUAGACAUUGACAUGGAGAAGGGAUCUGGAAGUGGCGACAGAAUGGGAUUGGACCUCGACCUGGAGAGUGGAUCUGGUUCUGGCGUUGGAAGUGGCGACAGAAUGGGAUUGGACAUUGACAUGGAGAAGGGAUCUGGUUCCGGUUCUGGAAGUGGUGACAGAAUGGGAUUGGACCUCGACCUUGAGAGUGGAUCUGGUUCCAGUUCUGGAAGUGGAGACAGAAUGGGAUUGGACAUCGACCUGGAGAAGGGAUCUGGUUCCGGUUCUGGAAGUGGAGACAGAAUGGGAUUGGACCUCGACCUUGAGAGUGGAUCUGGUUCCAGUUCUGGAAGUGGAAACAGAAUGGGAUUGUACCUCGACCUUGAGAGUGGAUCUGGUUCCAUUUCUGGAAGUGGAGACAGAAUGGGAUUAUACAUUGACAUGGAGAAGGGAUCUGGAAGUGGCGACAGAAUGGGAUUGGACCUCGACCUUGAGAGUGGAUCUGGUUCCAUUUCUGGAAGUGGAGACAGAAUGGGAUUAGACAUUGACAUGGAGAAGGGAUCUGGAAGUGGCGACAGAAUGGGAUUGGACCUCGACCUUGAGAGUGGAUCUGGUUCCAGUUCUGGAAGUGGAGACAGAAUGGGAUUAGACAUUGACAUGGAGAAGGGAUCUGGAAGUGGCGACAGAAUGGGAUUGGACCUCGACCUGGAGAGUGGAUCUGGUUCUGGCGUUGGAAGUGGCGACAGAAUGGGAUUGGACAUUGACAUGGAGAAGGGAUCUGGUUCCGGUUCUGGAAGUGGUGACAGAAUGGGAUUGGACCUCGACCUUGAGAGUGGAUCUGGUUCCAGUUCUGGAAGUGGAGACAGAAUGGGAUUGGACCUCGACCUUGAGAGUGGAUCUGGUUCCAGUUCUGGAAGUGGAGACAGAAUGGGAUUGGACAUCGACCUGGAGAAGGGAUCUGGUUCCGGUUCUGGAAGUGGAGACAGAAUGGGAUUGGACCUCGACCUUGAGAGUGGAUCUGGUUCCAGUUCUGGAAGUGGAAACAGAAUGGGAUUGGACCUCGACCUUGAGAGUGGAUCUGGUUCCAUUUCUGGAAGUGGAGACAGAAUGGGAUUAGACAUUGACAUGGAGAAGGGAUCUGGAAGUGGCGACAGAAUGGGAUUGGACCUCGACCUUGAGAGUGGAUCUGGUUCCAGUUCUGGAAGUGGAGACAGAAUGGGAUUAGACAUUGACAUGGAGAAGGGAUCUGGAAGUGGCGACAGAAUGGGAUUGGACCUCGACCUGGAGAGUGGAUCUGGUUCUGGCGUUGGAAGUGGCGACAGAAUGGGAUUGGACAUUGACAUGGAGAAGGGAUCUGGUUCCGGUUCUGGAAGUGGUGACAGAAUGGGAUUGGACUUCGACCUUGAGAGUGGAUCUGGUUCCAGUUCUGGAAGUGGAGACAGAAUGGGAUUGGACCUCGACCUUGAGAGUGGAUCUGGUUCCAGUUCUGGAAGUGGAAACAGAAUGGGAUUGGACCUCGACCUUGAGAGUGGAUCUGGUUCCAGUUCUGGAAGUGGAGACAGAAUGGGAUUAGACAUUGACAUGGAGAAGGGAUCUGGAAGUGGCUACAGAAUGGGAUUGGACCUCGACCUUGAGAGUGGAUCUGGUUCCAGUUCUGGAAGUGGAGACAGAAUGGGAUUGGACCUCGACCUUGAGAGUGGAUCUGGUUUCGGUUCUGGAAGUGGUGACAGCAUGGGAUUGGACAUUGACAUGGAGAAGGGAUCUGGUUCCGGUUCUGGAGGUGGCGACAAAAUGGGAUUGGACCUCGACCUUGAGAGUGGAUCUGGUUCCAGUUCUGGAAGUGGAGACAGAAUGGGAUUGGACAUUGACAUGGAGAUUGGAUCUGGUUCCAGUUCUGGAAGUGGAGACAGAAAUGGAUUGGACAUUGACAUGGAGAAGGAAUCUGGUUCCGGUUCUGGAAGUGGUGACAGAAUGGGAUUGGACAUCGACCUUGAGAGUGGAUCUGGUUCCGGUUCUGGAAGUGGCGACAUAAUGGAGAGUGGAUCUGGCAGCGGCCGCGGAGUUGGCCAGGAUUAA